CGCAGCGUGGCGCCUCCUUCCCCUCGGCGGCGUUGCUUGUGCGACCGAAGGGGAGGCAAAAUGGCGGCCGGAGGCGGCGGCAAGGCCUCCUCCUCCUCUUCGUCCUCCUCCUCCUCCUCGUCCUCCUCUUCCUCGUCGUCUUCUGUCGCGGCGGCGGCUGCGGCUGCGUUGGGUCCUUCGUCGUCCUCGUCGUCGGCGCCUUCGUCCUCGGGCGCCCUGGAGUCGUCUCUGGACAGGAAGCUGCAGGGGGUGAGCAACACGAUGGAGUCGAUCCAGGGCCUGUCUUCGUGGUGCCUGGAGAACCGGCGCCACCACGCCACCAUCGUCCAGCACUGGAUCAAGUGGAUGCGGAGAUCCGCAUUUCCACAUCGACUGAACCUGUUUUACCUGGCCAACGACGUCAUACAGAACUGCAAACGAAGAAACGCCAUCGUCUUUCGUGACACCUUCGCCGAAGUGCUCCCUGAAGCCGCCGCAUUGGUGAAAGAUCCAUCGGUCUCCAAAUCUAUAGAAAGGAUUUUCAAAAUCUGGGAAGACAGAAAUGUAUAUCCAGAGGAAACCAUUGCAUUACUAAAAGAAGCUUUAAGUACCUCUUUCAAAACUCAGAAGCAGCAGAAAGAAACUCAGAGCAAACAACCAGCUAAGUCAUGGAAGAAAUCUCAAACCUCAACAAAUCCGAAAGCAGUCCUGAAGUCCAAGAUUGUGGCGGAAUUCCGACCACAAUCCCUCGUCGACGAACUCCUGUUCUAUAAGCGUUCCGAGGACCAGAUCGAGCUGAAGGAGAAGCAGCUUGCCACCAUGCGAGUGGACGUCUGCAGCACCGAGACCUUGAAAUGCUUGAAAGACAAGACAGGGGGCAAGAAAUUCUCCAAGGAGUUUGAGGAGGCAAGUGCCAAGCUGGAAGAGUUUGUCAACAGCCUGGACAAGCAAGUGAAAAAUGGGCCUUCUUUGACAGAGGUGCUCGAGAAUGCAGGGAUAUUCUAUGAAGCACAAUACAAAGAAGUCAAAGUGGUGGCAAAUGCCUACAAAACAUUUGCCAACAGAGUGAACAACCUGAAGAAGAAACUGGAUCAGCUGAAAGCAACACUUCCAGACCCCGAAGAGUCGCCGGUCCCUUCCCCUAGCAUGGAUGCUCCAUCCCCGACAGGCUCGGAGUCUCCCUUCCCAGGAAUGGGGGAUGAGGAGAACUCUCCAGCGCCAAGAGAAGCUGAGAAGGCAAAGUCUCCAUCUCCUGAGCCUGCAACUGACAAUCGUGAUGUGGAGGACAUGGAGCUAUCAGAUGUGGAGGAGGAUGCCCCAAAGAUUAUCGUUGAAGAGAGAAAGGAGAAACCAGCUACUCCAACACCAGGCCCGGCAAAGAUGGCCGAGAGCAUCCCAAAGACACCUCCUGCAGCAACGGUUGCUGCAGUAGCAGCGACAGCCCCAGCGCCUGUGGCAGCUGCACCACUGGCUCCAACCCCCGUAACUCCCAAGUCGACGAAUCCGGUGCCUCCGCUUCCUCAGUCGCCGGCACUGGCCUUGCCAAACCUGGCCAACGUGGAUUUGGCCAAGAUUAGCUCCAUCCUUAGCAGUUUGACUUCUGUGAUGAAGAACACAGGCGUGAGUCCUGCCUCGAGACCUUCUCCUGGGACACCAACAAGCCCAAUAAGUCUGAUGAGUGGCUUGAAGGCCCCAGCCUCGGGCCCUCUGCCCACACCUCCUGCAAACCCUUUGGCAAACAUCCUCUCCAAGGUGGACAUCACGCCAGAGAGCAUCCUGUCUGUGCUGUCCAAGAGCCAGGCCCAGGCCACCCCAGGAUUGCAAGGUUUGUCCUCAUUUCUUCAGAGUGUGGCUGGAAAUACAGCCCAGCCCAGCGAGAUGGCAUCCCAGAGUACCUCUCCGUCACCUGCCAACACAACAGCUCCGGCAGCAAAAGGUCGCAGUGUUUCAUCCAACACCCCGUCUUUCAUGCCCCAGGCAUUUGGAUAUUCCCCAAAUUCCUCUUCUUCUGCUGAGGUUUCUUCCACAUCUGUCAACAAGAUUCCUGCUGGACCCAGUGCUGGACUCUCAGGCCCCAGUUUUAAGCCACCAACCAAUUCUCUUGGGUUUGCCAGUGCCCAGGCCAACAGCCCUGCCCUACGGCCGGUUGAGCACCCAACGAAUCAGUCUUCCGAGAUCUCGGAGACGAAGCUGGAGUCGGAGCCAACUUCGCCUAGUCUAGAAAUGAAGAUACACAACUUCUUAAAGGGGAACCCAGGCUUCAGUGGCUUAAAUCUGAACAUCCCAAUUCUGAGCAGUUUGGGGUCCAGCGUUCCACCUGAAAGCCAUUCUUCUUCAUCAGAUUUCAGCCGUGGGGGCCCCACAAGCACCUCGAUGGACAGCAUAGAUGGGACCCCUGUCCGUGAUGAACGGAGUGGAACACCGACUCAAGAUGAGAUGAUGGACAAGCCCUCCUCCAGCAACGUUGACACCAUGUCGCUGCUCUCCAAGAUUAUCAGCCCUGGCUCUUCGACUCCAAGCAGCACUAGGUCACCCCUUCAGAGCCAAGAUGAUGACAGCUAUCCCCAAGAACUUUCUAAUUCAGUGUACAGGUCUUUUGGCCUAAGUCGGGAUUCUCCAGUUGGCUUGUACAAGCAGCCUUCAGACGGCAUUGAAUUACCAUCCUCCUUAAUGGAUUCCCCGCAGGAGAAAUUCUACCCAGACACCUCCUUCCAGGAGGACGAAGAUUACCGUGACUUUGACUACUCUGGCCCCCCACCGUCUGCUCUGGUGAACUUAGACAAACAGCCAGCCAAAUCCAUCCUGAAACCCAAUAAGCUCUCUGACACUUCAGAGUACCAGCCAGUUAUGUCAAGUUACAGCCAGAGAGCCUCAGGCUUUGGCCUGAAGUCUGCUUUCCCCCAAACCAUGAGAUCUCUUCAUGACCAGAGUGAAAGCUGUGACCCAUUGUCUCCUUCGGGAAUGUACAGCAACUACAGUUUGCAAGGAAAUGACUCUGGGCCAGACGCAUCUCCCACACCGAGCAAGAAUGAUGUCUUUUUCCCACCAGAUUCCAAUCACAACAGCUUGUCCAAGUCCAUGGCACUCUCUGGCCUGUCCCAGAAGCAGUAUCCAGAUUCUCCUCAUUUGGCUCCACACAGGUCACUCUUCUCCCCUCAAAAUGCCCUCGUGACCCCAGCCAGCCGGCUCACAGCGCCCAAUGUGGAUAAGCCCCCUGGAGCUUCCAUCUCGGCCACUUCGACCAUUGAGUUCAAGAACAUGCUUAAAAAUGCCUCCCGCAAGCCCUCUGAUGAGAACAAGCAUUUUGGCCAGGUUGGCUCCAAAGGAGGUCCCAGUGAUGUCGCCGGCCUCGGACCCACGGGGAUUUCCGCAGGAGGAGACCAGCAGAAGCAGCAAGAGGAGCACUACCGCAUCGAGACCAGGGUGUCUUCGUCCUGCCUAGACUUGCCAGAUAGCACAGAGGAGAAGGGAGCCCCCAUAGAAACGCUGGGUUACCACAACGCCUCCAGCAGGGGUAUGUCGGGGGAACCCAUCCAGACCGUGGAGUCCAUCAGAGUUCUGGGGAAGGGGAACCGGGGGCACGGGAGAGAGACCAACCGAGCCGGGUGGUUUGAUCUAACCACUCCGGGGAGUACCUUUGAUAAUGGCCCUUCGAGCGCCACAGAAAUGCCCAGCAUGGGUACCGGCAGUGGUGGCGUCGGUGGCAUCGUGUCUUCCUUUCAGAACCAAUACAAAGACCGAGUGCCCUCCUUCCAGGAGAAUGUCAACAGCUUCCGAGCCGGUGGCUUUGGCGCCACCUUCGACCGCCACGUGCCGCCCCCUCCCUUAGAGCGUGGGGCUUCUUUCCCGAGGGAUCCAAUUGGGCCGCCCCCCGCCGGGCCUCAGCCUCUCCCGCCGAAGGAUCUCAGCGCCCUUUUCCCUAGGGAUCACUCGGUCCCCCCUCCACGGAUGCCGUCAGUGGAUCACGCCGGCCCGUUCUCGAAGGAGAAUCCCCCGGCCCCCUUGGCCUUACCCCACGUGGGGCCACCUCCUUCCCUCGAACGUAGCGGGGGUGUCCCUUUCCCUACCCAGCCACCCCCUCCUCUCCCCGUGGAACAUGGCAGCAUUCCCUUCUCCAGCCCUCCUCCACCCCCUGGGGGGGACCUGAGCCUCCCCUUCCCGGCUCCUCCUCCCUUGGCUUCGGAGCACGGGGCCGUUGUCCUCCAAGGAACGGUGAAAGAGCAUUUUAACCUCCCACCACCGGGUGGGCCCCGGGACCAAGGGGCAGCCCAGCCCCAGCGCGACCACAGCAGCCAGUCCCUGAACCGGGCCCAAGACAGCGUAGGGCUAGCUGCCCUCUCGAGGGAUCCGCUGGGGACGGCGCUUACCAUCGCCUCCUCGCUCCCGUCUCACCGGGACCCCAUCAACCGAGGAGGUGGGCUGGGGGUCAGGAACCAGAGGCCCGACUUCCGCCCCAGGGAGCUGUUUCUAAACAGAGACCCCUUUAACAUUAAAAAGGCCGCGGCCCCCUUUCGCCAGGGGUCCCCCCUUCUUCUCACCAAAACGCCCCUUCUUCCCGCCCAGGUACUGAAUGCAUUGAAGGGGUUCCAGAACUUUCUAGAGAGCAGUGGAAGUGGCACUUUCACCUUUUUUUUAAGGAAAAACAAAACAAAAAAGGUUCCCCUAAACUGGGGGGGGGAGGCCCACAACUUUUUGUUGUUGCCGAUUAAGUGUCCUGUAGGUGCUUAGCAGGUUGGGGCGGCUGUGGCAGGAGAGCAGCCUCCAUCCCUUCCUGGCCCUGCGAUCCCGAACCGGCGCUUUCUCCGUCUGCAGCAAAGCCAUGGGGUGGAUGAUGCGCCAUGUUGGAUGUCGGGGGAAGAAACGCUGCAGCGGAUGGAAGAGCCCCAUGUCAAAGACCAGAAGACAAGAGCUGCUGAGGAAGUGUUGACUGUGGUGCAUAUUUGUUUCAGGAGCUUCAAGGCAAAAUGGAAGCGAAGCAGUAAACCUUCGAGGUUCAUCCCCUUCCUCCUCCCUCUUCCUCCUCUUCCCCAUAUUUUUGUAUUGUAUACUAAUAAAGUGUUCUUGACUUGG